UCCGCUUCCGGCCAGCCUCGCUUUGAGCCUCCGCCAUAUUGUCUGUGUGAGAGACCGGCGAGUGAGGCGGGCCCUGCGGAUGCCUCCUCCUCCUCCAUCCCCAGUUGAAAAGCUCCAAAGUUCUGCCUACGACCCUCUCCUGUGGCUUGCACUGAAAUCGGAAGUUCUGUAACAUACCUUGAUCCUCCAAUCUUUCCAAAAUGUCAGGACCUGUGCCAAGCAGGGCCAGAGUUUACACAGAUGUAAAUACACACAGACCACGAGAAUAUUGGGAUUAUGAAGCACACGAAGUUGAAUGGGGCAAUCAAGACGAUUACCAGCUGGUCCGGAAACUUGGCCGAGGCAAAUAUAGUGAAGUCUUUGAAGCUAUCAACAUAACAAAUAAUGAGAAGGUAGUCGUGAAGAUUCUGAAGCCUGUGAAAAAGAAGAAAAUCAGGCGUGAAAUUAAGAUCUUGGAGAACUUACGAGGCGGCCCCAACAUCAUCACUCUUGCUGAUAUAGUGAAAGACCCGGUGUCUCGGACCCCGGCUCUCGUGUUUGAACAUGUAAACAACACAGACUUUAAGCAAUUGUAUCAGACGUUAACGGACUACGAUAUUCGGUUUUACAUGUAUGAAAUCUUGAAGGCCCUGGAUUAUUGUCACAGUAUGGGCAUCAUGCACAGAGAUGUCAAACCCCACAAUGUCAUGAUUGACCAUGAACACAGAAAGCUGCGGCUAAUAGAUUGGGGUUUAGCUGAAUUCUAUCAUCCCGGCCAAGAGUACAACGUCCGAGUGGCUUCUAGAUACUUCAAAGGCCCAGAGCUCCUUGUAGAUUAUCAGAUGUAUGACUACAGUCUAGACAUGUGGAGCUUGGGUUGCAUGUUAGCCAGCAUGAUCUUCAGAAAGGAGCCUUUUUUCCAUGGUCAUGACAAUUACGAUCAGUUGGUGAGAAUAGCCAAAGUGCUGGGGACAGAAGACCUGUAUGACUAUAUUGACAAAUACAACAUUGAGCUUGAUCCCCGUUUCAAUGACAUCUUAGGCAGACACUCGCGCAAACGAUGGGAGCGCUUUGUUCAUGGUGAGAAUCAGCAGUUGGUGAGCCCCGAAGCACUGGAUUUCUUAGACAAGUUGCUGAGAUACGAUCACCAAUCCCGUCUCACAGCAAGAGAAGCCAUGGAGCAUCCUUACUUCUACCCCAUAGUGAAGGACCAGGCGCGGAUGGGCUCAGCCAGCAUGCCCAGUAGCAGCACCCCUGUCAGCAGCGCCAGUAUGUUGUCAGGGAUCUCUUCAGUGCCAACGUCUUCCCCUCUUGGACCUCUAGCGGGCUCUCCUGUGAUUGCUGCCGCCAACCCCUUAGGGAUGCCCGUUCCAGCGGCCGCGGGAGCUCAGCAGUGAAGGGCGGCCUCCCAUCUCCCCGGUGCCUGAGCGGAGCCACAUUGGGGCUGACCUCCCUCCUCCACCCUUUUUCGCCCGGGACAACGGCAGCCUCCUGCGGCCGGCAGUGUUGCGGGAACGGAGAAGGGGAUGCGUGUUGGAAUGCUUCAGAAGGAACUAUGUCUGAACAAGUUGCUUGUGGAUUUAUAGUAGUUUGGUCAUAAAAAGAAAUAUAUGGGCUGAAUUUUCCCCCUUCCCCCCUUUUUUUUUACUUGAACUUUUUGUAACUCAGAGGAAUCUUUGGGGGGGAGAAUACCACCCCCACAGACAAGAGUGUUCUGCAGAUGGUUCUUCCCCACCUUCCUCACCAGCACCAUUUUGCCAGUAAAGGUCCGCGGUUAGACUGGCUUGUCUCUCGAUGAGUCGCUCGCUUCGUGUGCCAUCUCUUUGGGGAUGAGUGGGGGAGCAUACAGGGGCUCUUCCGUCCCCCCUUCGGCUGUUAUCGGGUCUGCCGAGUUCCAUUUCUUUGAGGGUCUUUGACUUGAACGUCUGGCCUGAUGGACGGAACGGGAUGAGCGUAUAGAAGCUUUCUCAACAGCGAGGGCCUGCAAGGUGGUAGCUUUCCUGUAGGGGAUCAUGUCUUCCUGUGUGAACCUCCUGGAUCACAAACUCUUUUCCUACUUUGCAUGUGUCCUUAAUUUGGAGUCUCCAGGUUUCUCUCCAAGCCCACUUGUUUCCGUCAAAGGUGUUCUGGCAGCGGGCGAACAACAUCGGUCCCGUAUGUCGCCCCUCUCCUCCCAUCCAUCGGAGUCUCCUUGGUUUGGCAUUUGGGAAAUGGAACUUAUCACUGGGUAUAUCUCCCUGUAAAAAUGCGAGUUGCUUCUUUCCAAGUUGGAAUGUGCGGAGCGAUGGUUGGGCCCAUUAAGCAACGCAUCCAACUACUGACUCCAUGUGUGCCAUGUGUUGAGAAGACACGUUGUGUCUGGUAUUUUUAAAAGUUCGGUAAAUAGAGGCAUGGAAGGAUAGCGCAACACCCAAAAUGGUAGAUCUGUAAGAAACCCCAGCUCUGCUUAUCCUUCUAUGUGUGAGAGUAUGUUGUGUGCAUGAGUAUGCAAGUAUGGGUGUGUAUGUGUGUAGAUAUAUAUAUCCAUAUAUAUUUGUGUGUGUGUACAUAAAUAUAUACACACACAUACACACACCUUUCGCCUCCUAUGCUGAAAUAUUCAGUGUUGGAAUUCCUACACUGUAAAUAAAACUGUUUUGUUUCCCUUUU